GCCCAACUCUACCAGCCUAUUUCUCACAAGCUAACCAUCUAUAAAAAGUAAAAACCAAACCACACCAAACUGCUUCUAAUUUAUCGUAUCAAAAUUGUAACAAAAGUUAUGAUAUAAAAAUUAUGUCCACCAACUUUCUUAAUUUAUCAUUCACAUUCAUUUCCAUAAGCUAGCCUUAUAUAAAAACCAAGCACAUCCAAGCAAACCAAACCCUGACACCCUCACAGGAUUCCAUGGAGAGUCGCAGGCGAAGGAGUGGCUCGAGCGAGAUGUUCUCAUUUCCAUGCACUCCUACUCAAGACCAAGACUCCGACUUUGAGUUUGGUUCUAUAACACCAGACUCACCCUCUGGUGAUCCCUACAAAAACUCCCCAGCUGACCAUUUGUUCUUCAAUGGCCGCCUCUUACCACAUGCUUUUCCUAUUCAACCAGCCACUAUCCUUCUCGAUAAUUCUCGUACAACAAGCAGAACGAGCAGCAUUAACAGCAAGGACUCGCUGAUGUCUUCGCGAAGCAACAGCACGAACAGUAGGAGCAGCAAUUGCAGCAGUGCAAGGACAAGCUCCAGUGACAAUUCUGAGAGAAAAUUGUUGUAUAAAACAACUUUGCUUAGAGAUAAAUACCAUGGGAAUAAAGUUUUCUCAGCUCAAGUUUAUGGGUCUUCUCAAAGGUGGCAAUAUAUAACACCUGUACCAGUUUUGAGUCGUGAGUCUUCACGUAGAAAGAAAGUUGAGCCUGUGGGAAAAGAAGUAAGAACAAAGAAACGAACCCAGGAGAGGAAAGUGACGAGCUCGUGGUUUGGUUGGAGAUUCUUGUGGUGGUUUGUCUCAGCUUGCAGAGAAUGCCACGCCAUGGAACCGUCCAGGAAAGAUGAUGCAUUGCGAGGAGACUUGAAGUUACAAUAACUUUUCUUUCUUCUUUUUUUUUUCUUUUAGUUUGAUUUUGAGUAUCAUGUGAGUAGUAUAGUGAUUUUCUUUCCUUGAUUUUGAAGUACUUUUGAAUUCACAGAAGAAAAUAGUCAU